AUGACUUUUGGCGGUCGCAACAACAGUGUUCCGUUCGAGCAGCUCCAUCUGACCGGAAAGCAACAGCAAGCAUGCCAAGAUCUCACCUGCCAACUAUUGGAUCGUACCCUUCGCAGCUACGCCGAACGAAACGAGGGUGUUGAUGGCCUCUUGAACGCACCGCGACAUCACGCUGAUCAUGACAGGAGUCGCUGGAAGCAACUUAAAACCCAAGGGAACGCCUCUCUUUAUGCUGAAAGAACGGACGGUCCGUGGCGCGACUUCCACUCGCCAUUUGGCAACUGCACCUUACUCGCCGUGGGAACCAUUCACGACACUCUUGACGAGAUCAUGUUCGGGUUGGAGACGCCAGACUUUGCUGCUAUUCAACUUCGGUCCGAGACACUUUUUAAGCACCCGGUGGAAGGUGCUGUCUUAGCGCAACUCGCGGGUCCUACCGAAGCGGAUCCAUUCCAGUUCAUGGGUAUAACGUGGCUGGAGGGACAACGGAGUUGGCCACUGAACCUGGUGACGCAGCGUCGCGACUUUGUUGUCGUGUCUGCGACCGGUGUCAUGCUGCAUACCAACGGUGAUCUCAUCGGGUAUGAGGUCGUGCAGUCCAUCGAUCUACCGCAGUGUCCUCGACUUUCAAAACCGACAGUGAGGGGCAAGGUCAUGUACGGCGUCAUCUACACUCAGCGAGACGAUGGAGACGUCGACGUGUUCGUCCAGAUGCACAUUGAAACGCGCAGCCAUUUAUACGAUAAGCUUGUUAUAUCUCAAGUAUGGGAAUCUGUGCUAAGGUUCUGGAACGCACCGAGUUUGUCGGAGGCCAAGAAAUUACAAGAAGUCCGACCACGCGGCGUCGCAGUACCCACCUUAGUGAUCACAACACAUGCGCACUUUGUAUGGUUCAAAUAUGCUCAAGCUGCAGAGUGA